CCCGCACCAAGAAAGCGUACCAUAGAGGUCCAAUAGUGGACAGUUUUUGUGCCUUUUAUUUAUCUUAUCGCAGAGUCUUCUUCGUUUUCGUCUUUGCUUCGUCUCGUCUCUUUUCGUCUUGUGGUCCCGUUUAGCGCACGCACACAUACCUUCGACCGUUGCAACGCAGACAAAACAACUCCAGCUGUUGUUAUUAUUAUUGCAUUCGAUUGCAGUAAUUGUUAAUUUAUACACAACAAUACAAAAAGAGUAUGCUGAAAAUUGCAGCUGAGGGCAUCGCACCACGCUUGGCGGCCUGUUGCCUUAUCAACUCCAGCGCCCAGAGCAGCUGUCAGCGAGUGGCGCCCCAAGCGGCCAAAGCCACCCAAAAGUAUCUGUCACAGUCGCAGAUGCUCCACAAGAAGCUGGUCAUCAAGGAUCACUACGAGUUUGAUCAGAAGGUGAUCAACAGCGACAAUCCGGUGAUUGUGAAUUUCCAUGCGGAAUGGUGCGAUCCCUGCAAGAUACUCACACCAAAGAUGCUCGAGCUGCUCGAGAAUUCGACUGAGAUCGAUUUGGCCGUCAUCGAUGUGGAGGACAAUCUCGAUCUGGUCGAAACGUUUGAGGUCAAAGCGGUGCCCGCCGUUCUCGCCUUUCGCAACGGUGUCGUCGUGGACAAGUUCAUCGGUCUGGUGGAUGCCAACAGCAUAGAGACGUUGAUCGACAAGCUGAAGCGCAAGCAACAGCAGAAGCAAUAGGUUUCCCUUCCCGCUUUCCCUUCCACCAUUCUUCACUCUCCUCAUAGAUAUUAUAUAUUUGUAUUUGGCGGCCUUAAGAAUUUAUAUAGUAUAUGUAUGUGAUGCCAGGGCUAAAGAGUCAACAGGUCUGCAAAGUCAACAGGGCUGAAGACUCGACAGGGCUGAAGAAUCAACAGCCAGAGAAUAGUAAUUAUUGUAUGAUCACAAAGUACUUGUAAUUUAGCCACUAAGCGAUGCUCAAUAAAAUUGUCACUUAAAUGUUUCCGUUUAUGGAUAAUAAGAAUAUCGUAUAUUUAGCUUUUAGUUUCACUUUUGUCUCGUUAAGUUACGAAUUACGAACACAAAAAAAAAAUAA